AGAGAGUCAGCGGCAAAAACCAUCAGAGCCUCAUCAUGAACGUCUGUCACAUUCUGAUCUGCUUCGUUCUCACGCUGCAGGGUGGAAACACUCUGCAGGAUGGAAUCCUGAAAGUACCUGAAGGAGGAAAUAUUACACGUGGAUGCUCCUUUACUUUCUCCGGAGACAGUAUGUUCUUUUGCAAGGAAGACUGUAAAAAAGGCCUUCUCAUCAAAACGACCUCUGCCAAGGCUGAAAAAGACAGAUACAGCAUUGAACAUAGUCAAAAAGGCAUUGUAUUUUCUCAAACUGUGUAUGUGAGCAUCAGACAGCUGACCAGGUCUGACUCAGGACUGUACGUCUGUGGUCUGAUAAGAAAAGGGUUUCCAGAUUCAGAAGAGUCGUUUGAGAUCAUUGUUGAAACUCCAAACACUUCAAAACCAAACUGGACUCUCCGCCCUUCCACAUCAUCAGCAACAACUCACAGUUUAAGCUCAAGUUCAGGAAGUUUCAAAUCUUCAUCAGCUUCCCCUGAAACCACCACCCAGUCUGUGCAGCAGCUGGAGAGGACGGCAGCACCACCUGCACCUUCAGGGAAGCUGCUGCUGUAUGUGGGUCUGAUUCUGGCCGUCAUCAUCCUCCUUCUGUCACUGGCUGUGCUGUUCUUCUUCUGCAGGCGGACGAGUGAACCCAAAGAACUUCAUGUGGAAACAGAGUACGCUUCUGUUUCAGGGGCCAACCGAGAGGACAUCAGAGAGGACGGACAGAGCCGCUCUCCUCCUGUGGAAAUGUCUUCAGUUUACUCUUACGCCAAAUAUACCGAACCAAACAGAGCUGAAAGCGACGACUGCAGCCUCAUCACUGCAGCUACAUCUCAACACAAAGCUGCAGACGACUUGAAAGAACUCACCUACUCUCAGGUGGAUUUUCAAGGCGUUCACUCCGCCUCACUCAACGGCGCCCUCACCAAUGAUGUCACCUACUCCAUGCUUCAGGUGGAAGCGAGCUCUGAAGACGCUUCACCGCCGCUGUACUCUGCUCUCACUUUACCUCAGCAGUAACACACGUUUCCUCUCUCAGCAUGACAUUAGUUCAUUUUAAUGCUAUCUAUUUUAUAUAAUUCAAAAAGGGAUAAAAUGAAAUAAAAUACAUCAAGUAUAGAACAGAAACACAGAUGGAGUACAGUAAUGAAAAAAAUGUGGAGUAACAUUCACACAAGAAAAGAGAAGUUCUGGCUCUACUUUUAAUAAAUCUUAACUUAUGUCUGUUAAAGUUAUUCAAGUAAAUAAUGUUUGUUUAAGUCGGGGUUCAAAAUUCCAUAUUAGUCAGGAUAAUCCAUAGAACUGUCUCCAUUUCAGUUAAAGCAUUUUAAAAAUGUGUUAAUAUUUUAUAUUUCCCUGAAUGAGUGCUGUUUAAGGAUGUUUAUAAAUCUUUCAAACACAUAAAACUAUUAAAAGAAUUGGUCACAUAAUCAACAUCUACCAAGAACAAUUAAAAUGAACAACUACCCAAAACAUGUUUGCUGUUAAUUUAACCAAAAUAAUUCAGAGAUAACACAAAAGAUUACACAAAAUAACAAUAAAUAAUUAAUAAAAAUAUUUUAAAAAAUACUUUUGGUUUUAUUCAGACUAAUGCUGGUUAAAUAUUGUAUUUGGUUUGUUACAAAUGUGAAAUAAAUAUCUAUUAUUGAUAAGCAUGAGAUCAAAGGCCUGUAAAACUUCAGUCCCUGAUCUUUUAAUCCUUUAUCCUUUCAGUAUUUGUCAAUAUGAAAUAUUGUGUAGAAAUAGGUUUUAGUGUUAAGAGUCCUUCAGACAUGAACAUUUCUCUGCAGUUAAGAAAGUAAAUUUGGUAAAAUAACUACCAGAAUAGAAGUAAAUUAAUAUUUGUAAUAAAGUUAAUUUGACAUGAACCAAACCGUCCAUUUACACAUCUUUUAUCUUUUACAAAAUAUUUGAAUACACACUUUUCAGCCACUAACCAGAGUGUAGUUUUUAAACACAAUUAAUAUGAACACAGAUUGUCUUCAUGACUUUGUGUUCAGUGUAGAAGUUUAGUUGAAGCACGUUGAUGUUACCAGCAGAUGGCAGUAGGCACCGUGACAACUCAUUUUACUCUCAGGAAAUAAAUGUGCUUUUCAUCAUCAGGUCUAAUUGUUGUUGCUACUCCAGUUAUUAUUUCAUACAUACCAUUUCAUUUUGUUUGUUGUAGUUCAGGUCAUUUGGCUUUAUGUUGGGGAUGCUUUUCUCUUCUUUAUUAUUAAUGUGUAACAGUUUAGCAUUUUACCUGGAUAUGAACUCCAGUGUUUCCCACAAGACUUUGAGAUGACUAUGGUCUGUGGACAUUUUAAAGUUAAAUGCAUCAAUCUGGUGAAUUUAAGAACAAAAUGAAGAAGAUAUAUCUUUUAAGAAUGUUGUGUUUUUGUUUCAGCAGCUGUGAAAUGUAACUAAGUGCUGUACUUCAAUACAAUUUUAAAUACUUGUUCUUUAUUCGAGUAUUUCCAUUUUAUGUAACUUUUAACUUCUUGUCCAGUUCAUCUGUGACGACCCGCAUGGACCCUUUUUAUUUUCACUUUUAUUUUGUAUUCUCUUGCCCCAUCUUUCCCAGGUUGCUUCACUUCCUGGCAUUGUUUAGUUUCCCUCCAGUUUUGUUCCUCACCUGUUUUCCACUAUCUCACCAGCCCUUCACUGCACAUUUACCAGAUUCUCUCAGUUCUUUACACAAGUCCAUUGUUUGUUUUUUGUCCUAGUAUUUGACCUCAGCUCAUUUCUGGAUUUUGUUUGUAGCCGACUUCUUUGUAUUUCCUUAUUCUUAACAAGCUGUUUUGUAUUUUUGGACGGGCCUUUCUGUAUGUAGCGCGACUAUUCAUCUGACUGACUGUUUUGUCUUUUG